GGAGACACAGAUAUAGUGAAUGCAGGGGUCCAGGGGAGACCAGAUAUAAUGAAUGCAGGGUCCAGAGACACCAGAUAUAGUGAAAUGCAGGGUCCAAGGAGAGCAGAUAUAGUGAAUGCAGAGACCGGGAGAGCAGAUAAAGUGAAUGCAGGGUCCAAGGAGAGCAGAUAUAGUGAAUGCAGAGACCGGGGAGACCGGAUAUAGUGAAUGCAGGGUCCGGGGAGACCCAGAUAUAAUGAAUUGGCAGGGUCCGGGGAGACCAGAUAUCAUGAAUGCAGGGUCCUGGGAGACCGAAUAUAGUGUGAAUGCAGGGUC